ACAACUGGUUUAAUCGCUGAAUUGAAAUCAUCAACGUGGAAAUGGAUGAAGAGGACCCAGAGUUGCAUCAUUCAUCCUGCUCAGGAGAGUUGAUUCCAGGAAUUUUAAAUGAUAUUACAUUGGGACCCAUCAUUGGUCGGAUGGCUAUCCAUACAAAAUUUAGACUGGCCAAAUUGAACAGAGACUGGGAGAAGGCCCUGAUGAAUCCUGAUCCUGCCCUAGCCAAAUUUUAUGCAGAUUACAGUCGUCGAUUAAAUCCUCGACCUCUACCCAACCCCAACUCAAUUCUUGUACAUACUUACACCCUGAGCCAUUUUCCAUAUGAUGCUUGUCCCGUCGGACAAUCUCUCAGUAUUUAUCAAGGCGGCGUUCUUACAAAUCUACCACUCCUCGAACAGAUGGAGAUAGAUUUUCGUAAAUCUCUAAGAUUUGUUAUUGCAGACAAUCGAAUAUAUUCUCUUGUUCCUAUCUUUGAUCCUCCCUUGGAUGAUCCUGCCUUUGAUGAUCCUGCCUUUGAUGACCGUCAUGAGGUGAGUGUACUUGAUUUGUGCAGGGGAAGCCUUUGCUUUCACUGGGAAAGUGUGGCCACAGUGCAAAUCCCAGAGGAAUGCUCGGUUUGCUCUUCAACUCUCACUAGCCAAGAUGGAAGCUCAAGUGUUACCUCUAUCUGGGCUUAUCAAAGUGGUUCACACGAUCCAAGGAACCUGUCUCAUUGGAGGCACAGGUUUGUAUCAAAUGAAGAGGGGGAAUGGGAGAAGAUAAGCCCUCCAUCUCCACCUCCACCACCACUGCCAAAUGGUGAACUUCCUCCCAAAUAUGUAGAGAUAUAUGAGAAAGAAACGAAGGACCGAUAUCUUUAUAAGAGAGAUACUUGUACUCAACUCAUACUCCGCUCAGGAACAAUCCCCCCCAUGAGGCUGAGGCAAAGCCGUUGGCCUGAGCGUAUGUUGGUGGUGUUCAAAGAUGACUACAAUGCCAACACUGGAGAAUUGAAUGCCAUGCACCGAGUAAUUAAAACUUAUGCGAGAAAUUGCAAUGACUGUGACUGUGAUUUCAAUUUACAGAGAUUGUAUCUCAAAGAUCAAAAUGCUGAGUUAAUUGUUGACAAUGAAGAAUUGACGACAUUUCAAAAGGAUUGGCCGAGUUUUAUUUCCCAAAGUGAGAUUGACCUGCACCGGUUUAUGAAAAUGAAAAUUUCAGUGGGCUGCAAAGAAUGGGAAGGGCAGUUUAGCAUGGCUGUUCGUGACCUUUGGAAGCAGAGGAUGUUGAAUUACAUAAGUUUGACACAAGAUGAAAGCAUCAUCAUUUAUCGCUGUAUUGCAAAAAAACCAAAACUUGAAAGAACAUUCUUCUCACAGAUGUUAUCACGUGCAUGGAAGGUCAUUAUAAAAAUAGGAUUGCCAUGGUGGGAACCCUAGACUGCAAAUUUCUGGUCUGAAAAGCAAUGCAGUGAAGGUUUUCUGUAUUUAUUCAUAAAUGGCAUUGUCCUUUAUUUAUUAGUUUUGACAGAUUCAUGUGUACCUGUAUUUGCACGUAUAUACAUAAUUAUCUAUCUUUAGUUGCU